AUGGAGGAUGUGACGAUGCAAGAAGAGGCGCAGGGCCUUUUUGCGGAGCUCAGCUUCACAAUCAUCCCCAACGGACUCUUAGAAGACGACAUUCGCCAGAUUGAAGUCGCCGUCAGACAUGCUGGUGGCAAAAUUGUACCUUUCGAUGCCCCCAAAGGCCGCAUCGAGAAGCUCAACGAGAUCAACUACAUCGUCUCGACCACGUCGGAUUUCCCAGACUACCACCGCGCACUCGAUCUCAUGAUUCACACAGUCAAGCCGGCAUGGAUAGACGCAUCGCUUCAAACGGCCAAGAUCAAGAAUCCACGGGCAUAUAGUCCUGACCCUGCGCUGUUUAUGAGUGAGGUCAUUAUAUGUUGCGGAGAUAUCCCGACGGGAGACAAAGAGGCCAUCGAGGGUGGUGUACUUGCCAUGGGUGGUCAGGUCGCGCCUGCUCUGUCAAAACAGGUGACACAUCUCAUUGCGCUGGACGUGGCAGAUCAGCGGUGCCAGCUUGCAAUUAGUAAGCGCUUGCAGCUGAAAAUGGUUUUGCCACACUGGUUCGACGAUUGUCUCAAGGUCGGCCGUCGAAUAUCAGAGCGACCCUACACGAUACCAGAUCCUGAAAUACUCCUUGUCGAAGCUGGAACGAUACCCAAUGCCCGGCCGAGUCCACAAAUACGGGACGCCACGACGCCCGACCCGCUCAAUGAGCCUGUCCCAAUUGCGCCCGCUUUUUCAGAAGCACCGCGCGCCAUCAAAGCCUUCGAUGGAAAGAAUGUGAAGCUAGGGGAAGACCUGAAUAUCAGCAGCAAACUUCGGCGCAUCAUAACAGGCAUGAUCAACGCUGGUGGCGGAAAUGUGACUAGCAACAUCGACGAGGCAGACAUGUACAUUUGCACCUAUCGGGAGGGUCCAGACUAUGUCAAGGCAUCACAAGCGGGCAAGGACGUGGGUAAUCUCGGAUGGCUAUACUACCUCAUUACGCAUAGUGUCUGGACGAAUCCUAUGCAACGGAUGAUGCACUACCCAAGACCACGAAACGGGAUCCCUGGCUUCCAAGGCUACAAGAUGAGCAUAUCGAGCUACACAGGCGAGGCCCGCGUGUAUUUGGAAAACUUGGUCAAGGCUUCGGGCGCAGAGUUCACCAAGACGUUCAAGCAGGAAAACACCCAUCUGAUUGCGGCCCACAAAAACAGCGAAAAGUGUGAAGCUGCGAUGGAAUGGGGCGUCAACAUUAUCAAUCAUCUCUGGCUCGAAGACAGCUAUGCCAAAUGCCGAGAAAUGCCGCUCACAGAUAAUCGAUAUACCUACUUCCCAUCACGGACCAAUCUGGGAGAAGUAUUGGGUCAGACUGAGAUUGAUCGGGAAGCUAUAGAGAAGCUGUUCUUUCCCAGGGUGACCAAGCCAACGAAGACAGCAAAACUAGUAGCGCAGUCACACGCAGUUCCAGCAUCCACUGUGACAAUGGCCAAGGCAGCAAACCCACCAAUUGCUCGAACUUCACCGGCCCAAGAGAAGACCAAACGUGCGAAAUCUACAAUAGAAGCACAGACACAGACACCUGUAUUAUCACGCCGUGCAGAUGGCAAGGAAAACUUUACUCCGGGCAGUCGGGGAGCCAAAGAUCGGGCAUUGUCGAGGCUGCAUGAGGCCGCACCUGACAUUGCACAAUUCGAGAAAGAGAUGAAGCGUGCUGGUGGAGUGAUACACGGUGGACGUCGGAGAACCGAAGACGAAAUCAGCAACAAAGCCAAAAAAGCAAAAGACCGAGACUCGCUAUCAAGUAAACGCUCUAUCGACGAAGUCAAUGAAGACGACGACGAAAACGAUGAGACUGAGUUCGAAACCACUGAUGCCCCGACCAAGAACAAGCGAGCAAAGAAGGACAAGCUCACACCCAUCAAACUCCGCAUGCUUGUCUCCAAACACGACAAAUGGACGAACAACGACGAGAAAGCUUCUACGGACAAAGCCCGCCUCCGCGAACUUGGCCUCUUCAUCACCGACGACUUCAAACGCGUCGACCUAGUCUGCGCCCCACACCCCGUCCGCACCAAGAAAUUCAUCGCCGCCAUGGCUUGCGCACCCACCUUGGUCUCAACAUCGUACCUCGACUACGCCCUCAAACACCACAAGCUGCCCCCACCAGAACACCACCUCCUCCAGGACAGCAAGUUUGAAAAGGCAAACAAGUUUAAAAUCUCAGACGCACUGCAGCGCGCUCGCCAGAACAAGCACAAGUUACUGAAGAACUGGCUCAUCUUCUGCACGCCUAAUGUCGCCGGUGGCUUUGAAACUUACAAGGACAUCAUCGAGGCCAACGGCGGCAAAUGCAUCAGCUGGAAGGGCAGAACGACGACGGUGUCUGCCUCGAAGCGGCGCCUCGACGCCCAGGACAAGGAAGUCUCGCAAAAUCAGGUCGAGGAUGAGGGCGAUGUCUUGUAUCUGAUUAGCAAUGCCGAUGAGAAGGAGUUUGGCCUGUGGGCCAAGUUUAGGGAACUCGCGGCCAAACACGACAUGGUGCCUAGGAUUGUCAAGACAGAGUGGUUGCUUAAUGUUGCCAUGGCCCAGUAUGUGCAUUGGAAUCCGGAGUGGGAGUUGAGUGAGGAGAGUGUUGGCAAGGGGAAGUGA